CUUUAAAGAUUCCUCUCUCCUCUUAUCCCUUUCAAUAGAAGGGAAAAAAGAAGAAGUCACUUUAUUCAUAUCUGUUUUUAUAUAUACAUACACAUGCAGACCAACUACUCUGUCCUUCACCAUAUAAAUACAUCUCAUAUACCUACUUUCUUCCUAUCCUUCUUUCUCACUGUUUCGUCGGAUUCUCACAUUUUAUCUCUUCCAAAAUGAAUAUUGCAAUCGAACGCAACCCUUCAAGCAGAAAGUUAUCUGACCUUGGAGUCAUGUCAUGGCCUAAAUGGUCUUGUCAGCCCGGGAAAUAUGCAUUGGUAUUUGAAGAAAGAGAGACAUGCUAUUUAGUGAAGGGAAAGGUGAAGGUGUAUCCAAAAGGGUCAUCUGAGUUUGUAGAGUUUGGUGCAGGAGAUCUUGUGACCAUCCCCAAGGGACUUAGCUGCACUUGGGAUGUAUCACUUUUCAUCGACAAACACUACAAGUUCGAUCCUCCUACUUCUCCAUAAUUUUUC